AUGGAUCCCGACAGGCCGGCUGGCGAGGCCCCCGCGCCGUCUGCCUACGAGGAGCGCCGCAACAUCCAGGUCGACAACGCCAUCCGUGCCAUCACCGAGAAGAAGCCCAUCCCUGAGAUUGACUUUUCAAUCCACACGAUGGAGGACGGCACCAGCGUCAACACGACCGAGCGCGUAUGCAAAGACGUCCAAGCACCCGCAACAUACAAGCCCACCGACGAGCAGUUCUUCCAGGACGAGACGCACACCAAGCCCAACAUCGCCUUCCUCAAGCAGCAUUUCUACCGCGAGGGCCGCCUCACCGAGGAGCAGGCCCUCUGGAUCCUGCGCAAAGGCACCGAGCUGCUGCGCGCCGAGCCCAACCUGCUCGAGAUGGACGCGCCCAUUACCGUCUGCGGCGACGUCCACGGCCAGUACUACGACCUCAUGAAGCUCUUCGAGGUCGGCGGCGACCCGGCCGAGACCCGCUACCUGUUCCUGGGCGACUACGUCGACCGCGGCUACUUCAGCAUCGAGUGCGUCCUCUACCUCUGGUCGCUCAAGAUCCACUACCCCAAGACGCUCUGGCUGCUGCGUGGCAACCACGAGUGCCGCCACUUGACCGACUACUUCACCUUCAAGCUCGAGUGCCGUCACAAGUACUCGGAGACCGUCUACGACGCCUGCAUGGAGUCCUUCUGCUCCCUGCCCCUCGCGGCCGUCAUGAACAAGCAGUUCCUCUGCAUCCACGGCGGCCUCAGCCCCGAGCUGCACACCCUCGACGACCUCAAGAAGAUUGACCGCUUCCGCGAGCCCCCGACCCAGGGCCUCAUGUGCGACAUCCUGUGGGCGGACCCGCUCGAGGACUUUGGCCAGGAGAAGACGAGCGACUACUUCCUGCACAACCACGUCCGCGGCUGCUCCUACUUCUUCUCGUACCAGGCCGCCUGCGCCUUCUUGGAGAAGAACAACCUGCUGUCCAUCAUCCGCGCCCACGAGGCCCAGGACGCCGGCUACCGCAUGUACCGCAAGACCCGCACCACCGGAUUCCCCAGCGUCAUGACCAUCUUCUCAGCCCCCAACUACCUCGACGUCUACAACAACAAGGCCGCCGUCCUCAAGUACGAGAACAACGUCAUGAACAUCCGCCAGUUCAACUGCACACCCCACCCCUACUGGCUGCCCAACUUCAUGGACGUCUUUACGUGGUCGCUGCCCUUUGUCGGCGAGAAGAUCACGGACAUGCUCAUUGCCAUCCUCAGCACCUGCUCCGAGGAGGAGCUCAAGGAGGAGGCGGCCGCCGGCGCGCUGCCUUCGCCCUCGUCCGGCGCCAUCACCUCGCCCUCGUCCGUCAGCGGCGGCACCACGUCGCCCACGUCGCCCGGCUUCGGCAGCACGGCCGGCAUGGACCCCGAGUCCAUUGAGUUCAAGCGCCGCGCCAUCAAGAACAAGAUUCUUGCCAUUGGCCGCCUGUCGCGCGUCUUCCAGGUUCUGCGCGAGGAGUCGGAGCGCGUCACCGAGCUCAAGACGGUCGCCGGCGGCCGUCUGCCCGCGGGCACGCUCAUGCUCGGUGCCGAGGGCAUUAAGAACGCCAUCAGCAGCUUCGAGGACGCCCGCAAGGUUGAUUUGCAGAAUGAGCGCCUGCCCCCCAGCCACGACGAGGUCGUCCGCCAAAACGAAGAGGACCGCGCCCAGGCCCUCGACCGCGCCACCAAGGAGGCCGACAACGACAAGAAGCUGCACACCCUCUCAAGACGACUUAGCACGUAA